AUGGAAAGAAGCGAAAUUCGAAUGAUUGCUAUCGACAAUCAACAUGUGUAUGAUGAACAAGAACAGACAUUACAACGACAGAAUAUUGAAUUACAUGAUCGUAUAAAACGAUUCGAACGACAAUUAGAAGUACUAAAACAAGAUCAACCAAAAGAUCAUGAUAAAGAAUUAAUUAAAAGAGCUUUAGCUAAACAAGCAAGCAAAGAUGCUAUUGAAUAUCAAAAAUUAUUAAAACAAAAAAAUCAAGAAAUCGAACAAUUAAAUAUUCAACUUGAACAAUUGCCAAAAUUCAAUAUUUUUGAAUUAGCUCUACGUCAAGCAAAUAUUGAAAAAUUAUAUCUUGAACGACGUCUUUUAGUUUCAACAACCUCAUCAUCACCAUCCUCAUCCUCAUCAACGUCAUCAUUAUUGCUGAAGUUGAGAACAAAUGCGCCCGUAAGUCAUCAAGUAUCAUAUUUAAAAAAAUAA